UCCGAAGCACCACCCCUUGUCUCCUUCCUCCUCCCUUCGCUAUUCGAUUUCCUUCUUUAUUGAGUAGAGCGCUGCUGCUGCUGCUUGCUCGGGGAGUGUGGGGGUUCAGCUGCUCAAUAGUAUUCUAAUCGUCGGUAGUCGCGGCGGCCACCGCGGUCACGGCUGCGUUUUUCGUUCAAGUUAGGUUGAACCGAUUCGGGGUUCUUGGUGGGGGUGAAAGGCCGCGGCUUUGGGCUACCCGGGGUUCUUGGUGGGGGGUUUCAAGAUCGAUUUGAGCCGUGUUCUUCAUCUCACUGCACCGAAUACUGAUGGUUUUGAGCUGGUAGUGUGGGGAGGGAGAGAUUCGGGGUUUCUGAACGGAGGGGUGUGGUUGAGCUCAGAUUUGCCUUUCUUUUGGGCAUGGUCCAUCGGAAGGUGCUAUUGAGUGAGUCUGCAGCAUCCGAUUGUGGGAUGGGAGUAAGUCUCGGAACAAGGAGGUUGGGGAAAUGAGGGUGUUGCUGUGUUCCUUUGUUGUGCACAUUUCCUUAUAGAACUCCUGAAGCUGGUUUUUCUCCCCAACAAAUAUAUUGUAUGGCCAGAUAGAAUUAGAAAUCCAGCGAUUCAGGUCACACUACUGGAGCGUUGCAGUGAUCAAGUUCAGUCAAAGUUGUAUGGUUAGUGCUCGGAGCGGUGGUAAUCUUGGGAAACGAUGAAAGAGGAGAUCAUGUUUGACAACCAAACAAAGCCAUGCAGAUCGAGGGUUGACUCCAAAAGCAAUCCAAAUUCUCUCAAGACCAAGUUUGGAUCCUCAUGGGGUUCCCAAAUUGUCAAAGGGUUCACAGCAGACAAGAAAACCAAGAAGACAGCAGCCAUUGCAAGCAAGAAACCACCUCUUGCAAGUGUCGAAAAUGUUAACCAGACCAACCAACAGAUUCCAUACCACUCUAGGGUUAAGAGAUCACUUAUUGGAGACUUCCCUUGCUCACCUGCAGGUGCUCAAGUUCACCCCCAUGUCUUUGAUUGCCACAGUAUAAGGUCCCCGGCAUCUCGUGAUCUUUUUCUUGAGUUGGACCAUCUCAGGGAACAACUACAGGAGUCAAAAGAAAGGGAAUUGGCAUUACAGUCAGAGUUGCAGCAAUGCAGAGAAAACUCAAGAGUUUCAGAACUUGAGAAGGAGCUUGAUUCUAGGAAGAAUGAAAUUGACAGACUUGCAAUACUUAAUACUUCACUAGAAGCUGAGAAAACAAGCCUUUCUGAACAACUAUCAGCUCUAUCUUCUAUGGUGGAGCACCAUGAAGAAAAUGUAAGAUUGUGUGGGCAUGGCAAUCGGGUACCUAGUGUGGAUGGGGACAGUGCACCUUCUUCAGGAAACUUGGAGUUUGAAGUUGUUGAACUACGCCGGUUAAACAAAGAGCUUCAGUUUCAGAAACGAAAUCUUGCAAUUAAGCUCUCUUCAGCUGAGUCCAAAUUGUCUGGUCUUGAGAAGAGUGCAGAGAGCGAUAUAGUUGCCAAGGUUCAAGCUGAGGCAUCGUUGUUGAGGCACACAAAUGCAAACCUGAGCAAGCAAGUUGAGGGAUUGCAAAUGAGCCGGCUAACCGAGGUUGAGGAGCUUGCUUAUCUUCGGUGGAUCAAUUCAUGCCUACGCCAUGAGCUCUGUAACUCAGAUCAAGCUGCUAGAACAAUGAUUGAUAUAGAUUAUAAUGGUGGAGUGGCUUUCAAUGAUGAUGAUGGUGGUGAAGGCGAUGCAAGAAAUACUGAGGAUGGUUCUGAUAUAAAAUUCAGCAUUGCAGAACGUAUCAAGCAGUGGUCUAAGAAUGAUAAGAGCUGUCAAGCAUCCAAAAAGGAAGCACUUCUUGAUAGGGCAUGGAUCGAAGCUGCAGAAGCACGAAGCCCAACACGUAGGCACUCACUUGGUGGACCAAAGGGAUGUGCACAAGAGUUCAACAUCGUAAAGAGGCGGCAAUCUGAUAACUUUAUCGGCCUUCCAGAUGCAACAGAUGAAUUGGUCUCUUGUAAUAAGGAUCCGGCAAUCAGGGAGAAGCGUGAUCUUCUCAUGGACAAGUAUGAUUUUGGUCGAUCUGAAAGUUCAAGGUUUGUUCUUGGCAAGUCAGAAGUAUGCAAGUCUCAAUGUCUGGAUGUUGAAAAGCGUGCACUGCGCAUCCCUAACCCUCCACCAAGACCUUCCGUUUCUGUAUCAAAUUCUGGUCCAUCAAAUGGAUCGACUGUGAAUCCGCCCCGGCCACCGCCACCUCCUCCUCCCCCAAAGUUUUCCACAAGGAGUACUGGGGUCAUGAAGAGGGCACCACAGGUUGCAGAACUCUACCAUUCACUUAUGAGAAGGGACUCCAAAAAGGAUACUUCUAGUGGUGGAAUCUGUGAAGGUGCUAACUCUGCGAAUGUGCGGAGUAGCAUGAUUGGUGAAAUCGAGAACCGUUCGUCCCAUCUGCAAGCUAUCAAGGCGGAUGUUGAGACUCAAGGUGAAUUCGUGAAAUCAUUGAUUAAGGAGGUGACUAGUGCAGCGUACAAAGAUAUUGAAGAUGUGGUUGCAUUUGUGAAGUGGCUAGAUGAUGAACUUGGCUUCCUAGUGGAUGAGAGAGCAGUGUUGAAGCAUUUUGAUUGGCCUGAGAGGAAGGCGGACACUCUACGAGAGGCAGCUUUUGGCUACCAAGACCUGAAAAAGAUGGAAACGGAAGUUUCAAACUAUAAAGAUGAUCCACGCCUUCCUUGUGACAUUGCACUGAAGAAAAUGGUUACAGUAUCUGAAAAAACUGAGCGAGGUGUCUACAACCUUCUGAGGACAAGAGACGCUAUGAUGAGGCAGUGUAAGGAGUUUAAUAUUCCUACUGACUGGAUGCUUGAUAACAAUCUUAUUAGCAAGAUAAAGUUUGCUUCUGUGAAAUUGGCGAAGAUGUAUAUGAAAAGGGUCGCAAUGGAGCUUCAAUACAUGGGACCUCUGAACAAGGAUCCAGCUCUGGAGUACAUGCUACUUCAGGCUGUAAGAUUUGCCUUCAGGAUGCACCAGUUUGCUGGAGGCUUCGACCCGGAGACCAUGGAUGCAUUUGAAGAGCUGAGGAAUCUUGUUCAUGUCAGGAAUAGCACCCAGUAGCUAGGUGCACCACAACAAGCGGGAAAAAUAUAAUAAUUUCACCAAACAAGAAGAAGAUGAAUAUUAAUUUCAGGCUUACCCUCUCAGUAAGCACAACCGACAGUUUGUUGUUUUUGGUUAUGGUGAUGUUUGCAGGUUUGGCGUGCAUGUAAUGUAAUAUAUACUCCUAUGUGUGUAGUGGGCUGAAGAGACCUGCUGUCGCUAGCUUGUGUAGAAUUUUGUGGCAGCCUUUCUGAAAAAUACGACAUGCGUUGGGACAUGCUUUGAUUGGUGAGCACUGAGCAAUGGCCAUGAUCAGAACUCAGAAGCACUCUUACAGGUGUCAUGCGUUGCUCUGAACGACCCUUGUUGCUAACACG